AUGAUGGCAGACUCUUUGGCCGAGAAGCCUGCAGCCAAUUUUCCGACAAAGAGACGAAGAGAUCGGCUCUUCAGCAGUCCAUUCUCGUCAGAACCUCUGCAAGUUGAAGAAAUCCAUCGAAGUGCACAGUCACUGGGUGCCAGUGUCCAAGCAGGAGACGAUGACACUGCCACCGGUGCAGGGGUUGCUGGCAUCAUGUCGGGUGCCCUCGGAUCUCUGCAGGAGAGCGGCUUUGCAGCUCGGCGUGCAACCAGUCGCCUGCUUCACAUGCAGACGCCACAGUAUCUUCAUGCCCAUCAUAGAUGUCGGUUGGCAUCCCCGGAACGAGCGGCAAUCGAGUAG